AUGAUCUACGAAAAGGCCCUAGGAGAACAGCCCAUACAUACGACUGUAUCAGAUGGGAAGCUCGUUGCUCGACGGUGCGGUUUGAGAAACUGCACGUGUUAUCUCAGGCCCUGCCCACCCGGUCAGAGGUUACAUUUGGCACUCCCUUUGCUUAGGACCUGUCGACAGAUCUACUCCGAGGCCGUUGAAUAUCUUUACAGAGCCAACGAAUUUUUCAUCUCUACCGACUUGGAAGACUUCCCAACAGCUGGUUAUCUCUCCUACUUCUUCCAACCUCAACGCAUCGCGCAGAUCGGCAAUCUCAACAUUGAAUGGGAUCUUGACCGUCAUCAGUAUUUCAAUCUCAACCUAAUGCCUGACCAUCACCGACGCGAGUGGUACAGGUCUUGGGACGGCUUAAGCAACAUGACUGGCCUCCGCCGACUACACAUCAAGUUCUACUUUUGCCUAGACCUUUGGCAGGGAUGUUAUGGCGAGUUCUGGGAGCAAAAUAACAAGGAGCUACUCCAGCCCAUCAAAAAGAUCACGGCUCCAAGAGACUUCCUCAUCACUCUUCCAAACUGGCAAUGUUCGACCAACAUUGACGUUGGUGAAUCCAGAUGCACUUUCGAACUGCCGGAGAGGGUUGACCUGGAAGGGAACGCGUCGUGA